UUUUUUUCCUUGAGGAUUUAGCUUGUGUCUCCCUAAUCUUUAUCAGCUGUGUUGUCUUCAUGAACAUUAAAGAUCUAGACUUUAUUUUAAAGACAGACACGGAUCACUCCAGUGUUUCCACCCAGAGGUCUUGGCUUUUCUCGUGGUAUGAAAUAAUCAGCAGCUGCCAUGUGCUGAGUUCGGUGCCUCUUGAUUUUGGUUUUUCAAUGUGACCUUUGUUGUUAAUCCACAACCUGAACGGGGCUGUGUGCUGAAACGAAAUGACCUGUUUCUCGGGAAUUCAGCUCCAGUUUAUCCUCAAGCUGCUUUAGCUUAAACUCUUCUCUCCCCUCCUCUCACUCUUCUAGGUCAGAGCCUUUAUCUGAAUGCUGGUUUCGGUGCGGCACUAGUUUUAAGGGCAUGUUAGAUAUGGGGAGAUAAUGACUCAUGGUUUUCUUUGUAGAAAUACCCCUCUUCUCCCUGGCUGUGCUUACAGGAGGUAACGUUGCUGUGGGAUUGUCCCUAGCCUCUCCGUCUGACACAGGGCUUACGUGGGGGGAAGCAGGGCAAAUGGGGGGACCUGAGCGGCAUGCUUCCCUUGCAGAUGUGGCACUGACUUGUUUUCUAACAGCCGACAAACCCCUGUCCGUCCAUCUGCAUACGGCGAGGCAGUGUGUCCCUGUCGCGGGAGUAUCUGAAGGGUCUCCUGUGACCCAAAGUGCUGUCGAGGUGCAGAGCUGGGUGGGAAGUGUCACCCUGUGAGUAACCAGCAGGAGUGUAACGGUGAGGUGAUGUGGGUGUUUCUUUUCCUGUGGGUCAGGAGUGGAGUGGAGUGGAGGUGACGGCCCGCAGCACUGGCACUGCUCCUGUGCUGGCUCAGGCCUGUGACACAUGAGACGGAGUCAGGAGUCUCAUUACCUGGCAUGUUUCUCAGCUGUAUCUCUGCUAAUUACCUCCAGCUGCUGGUGUUCAAACAAGGUCGGGGCUCUCCUGCCUGUCCCCUCCCACUGGUUGUGCCACGACGCCGUUGUGCCGUCGCCCCGACAUCACGCUCUGCCCUGGCAGCAGCUUGCGCCGUCCUGGCCCUGCGAUCUGCUGCGGGGUAGGAAGGAGCAUGGGGGAAAAACGCUCCUGUUGCAACAUGUCCUGGCAGCACCGGCAGGUCCCAGACGAGCACGUUAGGAGCCGUCUCUGAUCUUGCUUCGGUGGGAAAGGUACAGGCCGAAUGGGUUUGCCAGGCUUCAUUCCAGUCUGUGGAGCGUCCCAGCUUGGUGGGACUGGUAGGGCUGAAGGAGAAAUUGAUGGAUAUUGGCUUUUCUUUGCAAGGCCUUUAGCUCAGUCUGGAGCAAAGUAGCUCCGCACAUAUCAGGGAAGGGUGCAUUUCUGAGAGGCAGGAGUGAGGUGGCUUCCCUGGUGAGGUGGACGAGGACCUGCUGAGUCACGCCAGGUUUGAGCUUGCACCGUUCCCGGCUCUGCAGAAGUGUGGCUGAUGCCACCAGUGAACUUGAGAUCUCAAGUGACUCAGAAAACACCAGAAGAUAGAGGGAGGAACUUCUUCCCAACAAGGGUGUCUGUAGCUGAGGAGUUUCUUACUUGGUAGAAGAGCUGCUUUUAAUUAAAAGGCAGUUUACUUACUUAUUUUCCUGAACCGCAGAGAACUGGUGGUUUGCUUGAGGGCAGUGGAGCCGUUGGCAUUGCGGUGAUGCUGCUGGUCUGUUUUUCCUGUUCUCACACCUCUGCCAUGACAGGGAGUGGGAAUGUCUAACACGUGAGGAUGGACCUGGUCUUAUCCUGGCCUCCCUGGCAUCAGUAAAUUGUAGUUUAUCUAGUAGAAGGUGAGUCUCAGAAGGGAUCCGGAUUUUAUUACCUCAUACAAACCAUUUCAAAGGUUGUGGACACCUGGGUUUCAGUGCCUGGGUCGUAAAGAAACUUUCACUGUCAUGGUGGAUGUAUCUGUGAUCUCUCUGGUCGUGUGCCCUGGAGGUCGGGGAUCAGAAGUCGGAAGCUUCAGGUGUGAAACUGUCCUGUACUUACCUCAUGUUGGUAUUGUGGUCCCCUUUAAUGGUUAAGGAACAGGUUUUCCUGGGGGAAAGACAUCUGCGGCCCGGAGAGGGGCAUUUAUCCCCUGCCUCUUGGUCUGCCCCAAGCAGCCGAAACUCCUGGGGUGGUGAGCGAGGCCUCCAGUCAUCACAUUCCUAUUCCCUGAGCCGGUGCUGCUGGGACAGCCCUACCUGCUUGCUGUAAGAGGCACGAGCUUGCCAGGGGCCCGUCCUGUGAUCUCCGGGUGAUUCAGGCUCCUCUUCCUGUCCCUGCUUCCUCCGUGCUCAGUCUCCGGUGCCAACCAGAGCUGCCGGGCUCUGUGGACCCCCACCAGCAAAGCACCGCGCGGGCUGGGAGCCAUUCUGGGCAUGAGUGACCAGGCUUGCCCCCAGCACUGAGCAGCCAGAGCCGCCGGGAGCCGGGCCAAGAUGCCGAUCCCUCCUCCCCCACCCCCGCCGCCGCCUGGCCCCCCGCCGCCUCCCACCUUCAGUCAGGCAAACACAGAGCCGCCAAAACUGAGCCGAGAGGAGCAGCGGGGCCGCGGGGCCCUCCUGCAGGACAUCUGUAAAGGGACCAAGCUAAAGAAGGUGACACAAAUCAAUGACCGGAGCGCACCAGUCCUAGAAAAGCCCAAGGGCAGUGGUGGUGGCAGCAGCUACGGGUCUAGCUCAGCUGCGAUCCAGCCAAAGGGCGGCCUCUUCCAAGGUGGUGUGCCCAAGCUCAGACCCGUGGGAGCAAAGGACAGCUCAGACAGCUCCAGUAAGCAAACCCUGCAAGUCCCCGGCUCCAGAGCAGCCGCCCCCAGGCCCCCAGUGCCAGCCAGCAACAGCCGACCUCAAGAUGAUGCUGACAACAGCCGGGCCUCUCCCCCAGAGCUGCCGCGCACGCAGAGGCCCUCCCUGCCGGACCUCUCCCGGCCCAACACCGCCGGCAGCACUGGCAUGAAGCACAGCUCGUCCGCCCCGCCGCCUCCCCCUCCGGGACGCCGAAGCACCGCACCUCCCGCCCCCCCUCCGGCGCACGGUGCCAAGGUGUCUUCCUACAACCGGGAGAAGCCCCUGCCGCCCACCCCAGGACAGCGACUGUCUGUGAGCAGGGACGGACCCCCUGCCCCGCCACCCAUCAAGCCCCCUCCCUCCCCAGUCAGUAUCCGAACGGGAUCAGGGGCUCAGGGCCAGUCUCUCGCCCCCCCACCACCCCCUUAUCGGCAACCCCCCGGUGUCCCCAACGGCCCUUCCAGCCCCAGCAACGAGUCCGCCCCGGAGCUGCCGCAGAGACACAACUCCUUGCACAGGAAGACGCCAGGCCCUGUGCGGGGUCUGGCACCGCCGCCACCCGCUUCAGCCUCCCCAUCUCUCCAGAGCAGUCGUCCCCCUCCGCCGGCCAGAGACCCCCCCAGCCGGGGAGCAGCCCCACCACCUCCUCCGCCAAUGCUGCGAAACGGGGGGCGUGAUGCCCCCCCGCCCCCGCCCCCCUACAGACUGCACGGCUCCACCGAGCCCCCGAGCCGAGGGAAGCCGCCACCGCCGCCCACGAGGACGCCGGCCGGGCCGCCCCCGCCGCCUCCACCAGUGCGGAAUGGGCACCGGGACUCCAUCUCCACUGUCAGAGCGUUCCUGGAUGACUUUGAAUCCAAAUACUCCUUUCAUCCUGUCGAAGACUUCCCAGCCCCAGAAGAAUAUAAAUACUUCCAGAGAAUCUACCCCAGCAAAACAAAUAGAGCUACGCGUGGGGCCCCCCCUCUGCCCCCCAUCCCCAGGUGAAAGCAGGCUGCACAGGCGGAUUGUUCCUGAGCAGAGACACGGACCUCCUUCCCCUUCCUCAGACAGACCCUCCCCACCUCCCUGCCUCCCAGGAUCCUGCAUGAGAAACUCCCAGCGUCUUUGGUUUUCCCAGCUGCGCCAGGACGAGCAGAUACCCCCGGCCCAGCUCUCUCCGCCAGCCCACCCUCAUCUAUGCAUCUCCCCCAAGACUCGGUGACCUUGCUGGCAAGCCCAGAUGGGUCCUUUCCUCCUCGCUCGUCGCAGAUCCCGGGUCGGGCCGGGACCCCGCGUCCAGCCGCAGCCUGGGAGCCCGGCACGAGGACUUGAGGAAGACGCUGAGCUGUGUGCGGCCGGCUGUUGGUUCCAGAGGUGGCUCGUGCCCGAUUCCUCGGGGCCGGGGCGGAGCGAGGGGGCUUGGAGAGGAGCUGGGGUAGGUCUGGAGAUGGACACGUUGUGUGAUCACCGGCUGCGCCGGCGACG